GAAUCUGACGACACAUGUUUUUUAAGAGGGAAUUUUAUCCGCGGAGGCUGAGCGCGAGCCAGGCAGUAGACGAACUAUUCAUUCCGAAGCAGGUGCGCGAGAAGGUAGCAAGUUUUCAUCGUUGUUUUAAAGGRAAAAAAAACCCUCAAAAGUACUUCCUAAAAAGCCGAAAAUGACUGGUCGAGCACGCGCAAGAUCACGUGGCCGAGCACGUGGUCAAGAGACUGCGCCUGGAGCGGUACAUCUGGAGCUGUUAUAAAGUUGUCAGCAAACUUUUUCCGCCUCCUGUCCCGCCCUCAGUGGGUUCUGAAUCAGUACCAUGUGGACUUCAAGCCACCUAUGGAGUCUCGGCGCCUAAGAUCUGCCCUCCUCUUACAGCACGAAGAGGUUCUUGGCCCAGCAAGCAGCUUUGAUGGAGCUCUGCUUUUUCUGCCUCAAAGACUGCCCAACAAGGAGACUGUACUUCACAGUGAGACCAGGAAUGGGGAGAAGGUUCAGAUAACGGUCACUUUGACAAACGAGCUGCCACCAACAUCUCCAGUAUGCAUUCAGUUUUACAACAUCAUAUUCAGGAGGAUUUUGAAGAUUCUCAACAUGCAACAGAUUGGACGCAACUACUUCAACCCAAAUGAUCCACUCAACAUUCCACAGCACAA